AUAACUUAUGGGUUUUCUAUGUGAGUAUAUAUGACACUGGCUACCUAACUCGAUAAUAAGUUAUUAACUCUAUAAAGUCAGCAGCGAGAUGGUGGUUUUAUAGAUGGGUUUUGUGCCUUUAAGGCCGCUUGUUCAUUAGGAGUUGGUUUCAAAUGACGCCAACCUUUUAUUUUUAUCUCAAUGACCUCAUCCUCUAUGGUUGAAGUUUACUAACCAGCGAAUCUUUUUCAUCUCAUAGAUUUUUGUAGUUUUCUUCUCUUUUACUCUUCAUUAACCCGAGUUUACAACAACUUUAACCUGAUAAUAGAUGUCGAUGAUGUUAAACGGCGCUUUCUGACAGCGACUUCUCUAACGGGACGGAGAAGGCAACCGCUGAUCUAGACUCUCCAUGGACCCCCUCAGGCUGAUCAACUCUUCAAUAUAAAUGGAGGAGUGAGGUUCAUGAUGAUGUAAUCGUCAGCCAGACCACGAGAAAAGCUCUCUUUUGUUCCGCUCCUGCAAUGGUGUGAAAGAGACCGCCCUUCCCCCCCCCCCCCCUUGCACACACACACACACGAACACGAACACACACACACACACACACGAGCACACGUACACACACACAGAGGCACAAGAAAGAUAGCAGGGGUUUAGGUUUUUAGUCCUUCAGGGCCAGAGAGGCUUCUCUCGCUCUCUCACUCUCUCACUCUCUCUCUCUCUGUCUCUCGCUCUCGCUCUCUCUCUCGCCUGGGCUGUGCUGCUAAGCUCCAUCAGGAUGACAUCAUACUCAGCCUACACAAUGGGUCUGUUCAUCUCCUGAGGGCUGCGUCGUGCAACUGGACCGCUAGCCACCCACCCGCCGAAGGGGAAGAGGAGGAGGGAGGAAGAGGAGGAGGGGCUGUGAGAAAGGGGUAAAGAAGGGGUCGUCAUGUCGGAACGUCCCGUGGGAGUGGGAGCCUGCACUGGAGCUGAAACUGGAGGGACUGGUUUUGGGAUUGCAGCCGGAGCUGCAGGGGGGUUUGGGAUUGGACCUGAGGUGGGGAAUGGACCCCGAGCCGGGACUGUGAUUGGACCUGGGGUGGGGAAUGGACCCCGAGCUGGGACUGUGAUUGGACCUGGGGUGGGGAAUGGACCCCGAGCUGGGACUGGAGUCAAAGGUUCAGGGCCUGUAUCAGGCUCUGCAUCCGGGACCAGGCAGGGCUCGGUGCGUCCCAUCGGGGCCGAGGGGCUGGUCGCCCUGCUGGAGGGGGGUCUGGACAGCGUGUUGUUGAUUGACAGCCGGCCCUUCGUAGAAUAUAACUCCUCCCACAUCCUGGAGGCGGUCAAUGUGAACUGUUCAAAACUGAUGAAGAGACGGCUGCAACAGGACAAGGUUCAGAUCAACGAACUGCUGCAACACUCUGCUAAGAAGAAGUUGGAGCGAGUGGGUGGUCAGGAGGUGGUGGUGUAUGACCAGAGUUCAUCUGACCCCUUGACUCUUCCCUCGGAGGCCUUCCUUACCGUCCUAUUGGACAAGCUGGAGAGGAGCUUCCCUUCAGUACACCUGCUCUCAGGUGGUUUCUCAGCAUUUUCCCAGCUGUUUCCAGGUCUAUGUGAAGGUACGUCUCUUCUGGCCACGUCCUGCCUGGUCCCCACCUGCCUCUCUCAGCCCUGCCUGCCCCUCAACACCUCUGGGCCAACACGCAUCCUGCCUCACCUCUACCUGGGCUGUCAGAGAGACGUGCUCAACAAGGAAGUGAUGCAGCAGAAUGAGAUAGCGUACGUCCUGAAUGCCAGUAACACAUGUCCCAAACCAGACUACAUCCCUGAGUCUCACUUCCUGCGAGUUCCUGUCAACGACAGCUUCUGCGAGAAGAUCCUCCCCUGGUUGGACAGAUCUGUAGAGUUCAUAGAGAAGGCCAAAGCCUCCAACGCCUGUGUGCUGGUCCACUGUCUGGCUGGCAUCUCCCGCUCGGCAACCAUCGCUAUCGCUUACAUCAUGACGAGGAUGGACAUGUCACUAGACGAAGCUUACAGGUUCGUGAAGGAGAAGAGACCCACCAUCUCUCCUAACUUCAACUUCCUGGGUCAGCUGCUGGACUUUGAAAAGAAGAUCAAGACUCCUGGAUGGUCAGAGAUCAGAGAAACCAUCGGGAUCAAACCCUCUCCUCUCCUCCACCCCCCACUAGAGCAGGACCCCCCUACCCCCAGCCUCCCAGACCCUGCCUUGGCCUUGCUGGAGCCCCUGACCCUGCCGUGUGUCCUGGCCCCCUGGCCUCCAGAGGAGAGGCUCCUGGCUCAGGCUCUCCAGGGGCUCCAAGGCCUUCAGCUGGACCAGGGGACGGAGGACAGCGCUGCCCGGCUGAAAAGGUCCUUCUCUCUGGACAUCAAGUCGUACAGGGAGCCAGGGGGCUGCAGCAGCGCCCCCAUGAGGCCGUACCCCCACCCUACAUCCCACCCCGGAGCCCAGGAGUAUUAUAAUCCAUCUGUGAGCUUCAUGGAGCCUGCAGGGAAACCGUAUCAGUUCUCUCCUGUGAAGGAGAUGUCAGAGCAGUCUACACCUGAGCCGAGCCCUGACAAGGAGCAGGACGACGGUCCCGCAGACCCUGCUGCUACGUCUGCAGCUCCCACUGCUGCUCCUGUAGUCUCCACCACAACCAGCACUACCACCUCCAACCAGCCCAGCAUGAAGCAGCCCAGCCAGGCUAAGCCUCCUCCACCUCCCCUCUCCUGUUCCCAGCAGCUCCACCGUAGUGGCAGUAUGGAGGAGAGCUCUAACAACACCCCUCACACCACCGGCUUCCUGUUUGGCCUGUCGCGUUCCCAGCAGCACCUGUCCAAGCCCGCCCCUAACCUAGGCUCCGCCCUGAAGGGCUGGCACUCUGACAUCCUAUUGGGUCCCGUCACCGUGUCGUCGGGGGGAUGGUACCUCUCCGAGUCACACCAUUUCUACUCCACCUCCGCCAUCUUAGGAGGCGGGGCUAACAUUCUGGGGGGUGGCAGCGUGGCGGCGUACAGCGUGAGUCAGGGGUUGGAGGAGGUGCGGCGGCGCGGGCGGCAGCGGGGCGGAGACCACGGGGACUCACGGAGGAGCUGGCACGAGGAGAGCACCUUGGAGAAGCAGCUGAAGAGACGGGCCUGUCAGAUGGAACUCGGAGACAGGAUGAGAGGAGGAGGCGAAACUAGAUCCAGGGAGGAGAUGGGGAGUCACAGCAGCUUCUCAGGAAGCAUGGAGGUCAUAGAGGUGUCCUGAGAGGAACGUUCAAUAUGGCCUCCAGUCCACCCCUUACGGAAUCAUUGAUUUGAAUGGAGACGUCCGUUCUAGGGAGUAUAGCCUCCUCAGAUCAGACCCAUGUUGAGGGGAAAGACUUGUUAUGGACCCAUCUGAUUAUCCACUAGGGACUUGAACCUUGAGUUGAUUUAAGCGGCUCUAUGUGUACUCUUGUCGCGACAGUUGGCAUUAAUGUAGUUGAACUUUGACCUGGAAGCAGAACGCAGCUGUGUGACGAUGAUGAAUGUGAUGAAGAGGUGAACUCUGAGAGGACUGAGACAAACUGAGUCUUUUGUUUGGAUGAGUGUUCAUCGUUUUCAUUUAUUUCUGAAUGUUGAUGAUCGUCGUCAAGGAGCAGUAGAUGUCUGCCUGACGUUGGAUUCAUGGAGCUUUUAUGAAGCCUUAAGAAGUCUUUAUGAAGCCUUAUGAAGUCUUUAUGAUGCCUUAUGAAGCCUUAUGAAGUCUUUAUGAAGCCUUAUGAAGUCUUUAUGAAGCCUUAUGAAGUCUUUAUGAAGCCUUAAGAAGUCUUUAUGAAGCCUUAAGAAGUCUUUAUGAAGCCUUAUGAAGUCUUUAUGAAGCCUUAUGAAGUCUUUAUGAAGCCUUAUGAAGUCUUUCUGAAACAUUAUGAAGUCUUUAUGAAGCCUUAUGAAGUCUUUAUGAAGCCUUAAGAAGUCUUUAUGAAACGUUAAGAAGUCUUUAUGAAGCCUUAUGAAGUCUUUAUGAAGCAUUAUGAAGUCUUUAUGAAGCCUUAUGAAGUCUUUAUGAAGCCUUAUGAAGUCUUUAUGAAGCCUUAUGAAGUCUUUAUGAAGCCUUGUGAAGUCUUUAUGAAGCCUUAUGAAGUCUUUAUGAAGCCUUAAGAAGUCUUUAUGAAGCAUUAAGAAGUCUUUAUGAAGCCUUAUGAAGUCUUUAUGAAGCCUUAUGAAGUCUUUAUGAAGCCUUAACAAGUCUUUAUGAAGCCUUAACAAGUCUUUAUGAAGCCUUAACAAGUCUUUAUGAAGCCUUAAGAAGUCUUUAUGAAGCCUUAUGAAGUCUUUAUGAAGCCUUAUGAAGUCUUUAUGAAGCCUUAACAAGUCUUUAUGAAGUCUUAUGAAGUCUUUAUGAAGCCUUAAGAAGUCUUUAUGAAGCCUUAUGAAGCCUUAUGAAGUCCUUAUGAAGCCUUAUGAAGUCUUUAUGAAGUCUUUAUGAAGCCUUAAGAAGAACGUGAUCAGAGAUCCUUGAUAGCCCUGUGUCAAAUCAUCCAAUACUCACGCAUCCAAAUUAGAGGCUUCUCCUGUUCCUCUGUCUCCUUCUGAUUGACAAUUCAAAUCUCAGGGCUUAUUUGAGCAGCAAGAAAAGAUGCUGGAACAACUGAACAGUUCCCGAACAGCUACCGAACAGCUCAGUUGUUAGAGCAUGGUGCUUGUACCCCAGGGUUGUAGGUUCGAUUCCCGGGGCUGCCCAGACGUAAAAUGUACGCACGCAUGGCUGUAAGUCACUUUGGAUUAAAGCGCUAAAUAUGAUAUAUUA